GUCAGUGCUCGCAGAAUAAGUAGUACAAUAAAGGUGUUUUCUACUGCUUUAAAACUACGCACGAACGUGAACGAAUCCGCCGGUUUAAUAUCUCCACCUGCGCGAGAUCCACAUGAUGAGAAAAUUAUAUUAUGAAUAAAAAUGGAUCAUUUAUAAUAUCCGGAGUUUUAAUGAACUAUAUAGUAAGUCAAAGUAUUCUUUAAAGACGAAUCGGAAUGCUUCGGAAGGAGACCUCCCGGUCAUACCACGAAUUCAAUGACGAGGAAGAACUUCAAACCCCAGACUUCUACCAAGACAAUGACAGUGCCAACGGUGGCCCGGAGGAGCCAGAAGAAUCCAUUGCCAGUGUUCUACCAGAGGAGGACAUGGUGAACAGCAGUCCAUUUACACUGUUCAACAAGGCCUGUCUGAAGAACGUGUUCACGGUCCUGCUGCUGUUCAUCUACCUGGUGCUGACUGCUGUGGCUGUGUUCCUGGCCUAUCAAACCGUCACUGACUUCAUGGAGAAGCUCAGUCACCCUGUCAUGUCUGUCACAUACAAGGAGGUGGAUGCCUUCUCUGCCCCGGGCAUCGCCCUGUACCCUGGUUCGGCUCAGCUACUGAGCUGUAAACACCACUACCACGCCCAUAUCCCCCCGCUGGUCACCCCAGGGAAGCCCCAGCCAGGAGAUUGUGUCAUGGAGGAAGUGACCUACACUGGCCCCUACACCAACCACACUGUGAAGCAAGCCUUGGUGGUCAGCGGUCCAACAGAUGUCAGAAACAGAGAGUUGAUCUUCCUGCAGUUCAGUCAGAACGAGACGGAAGAGGAUUUUAGUGCCAUCACAUACAUGCUCUUCGACAAAUACCACGACCUGUCCGGGAGUCUGGAUAAAUCAGGGUUCAUGCAGGACUGUGAGAGGAACUACUCCAUGGUGACGUUCUCUGGAGGCUUCAGGACCUGGGUCAAGAUGUCACUGGUCAAGACCUCUGGGAAGAAAAACGAGUCCAUGGAGUUCCGGCAAGAGUCUAGUGUGGUCAAAUAUAAUGACAAGAGGCCUGUAUCAGAGCAAAAAGCAAUCCAGCUUUUCUUUGUUGUGUUUGAAUGGAGGGAUCCCUUCGUACAAGAAGUCAGAGAUAUUGUGACAGCCAAUCCGUGGAAUACUGUAGCCAUCCUGUGUGGUGUGUUCAUGGCUCUGUUCAAGGCGGCUAACUUUGCCAGUUUUAGUGUGAAAUGGGUCAUCAAGAUUCGUAAGAGGCAUCUGAGGAACAGAAACAGGGCCGACCACAUCGUCUCAGAGAUACGUAGUAACUAAUACUGACAUUAAUAGAAUAGAAGAAUAACUUUCAUUUUUUUCCGUGAACAAACUUCUUGAAAUGUUGUUUCACAUUUAGUAUGUUUUAAGUAUUGAUGAGUUUGUAACGUAAUCUGAUUUUAGACAACUCAACUAAAGGUCGAAUUCACAACGAUUUUUAUUCCUUUAUACAUACGUCAUUUGUAGCGUUCCAAAAUGUGACUGGGAAAAUCAACUACUGACAUCAACUACUGACAUCAACUACUGACAUGAACUACUGACAUCAACUACUGACAUCAACUACUGACAUCAACUACUGACAUGAACUACUGACAUCAACUACUGACAUCAACUACUGACAUGAACUACUGACAUCAACUACUGACAUGAACUACUGACAUGAACUACUGACAUCAACUACUGACAUGAACUACUGACAUCAACUACUGACAUGAACUACUGACAUCAACUACUGACAUCAACUACUGACAUCAACUACUGACAUCAACUACUGACAUCAACUACUGACAUCAACUACUGACAUCAACUACUGACAUCAACUACUGACAUGAACUACUGACAUGAACUACUGACAUGAACUACUGACAUGAACUACUGACAUGAACUACUGACAUGAACUACUGACAUGAACUACUGACAUGAACUACUGACAUGAACUACUGACAUCAACUACUGACAUGAACUACUGACAUGAACUACUGACAUGAACUACUGACAUGAACUACUGACAUCAACUACUGACAUCAACUACUGACAUGAACUACUGACAUCAACUACUGACAUGAACUACUGACAUGUAAGCCAAAGGGAACUCCCUCAGUUUACCUUCCAUAACAUUCUUAAAUCUGAGUUUCAAUUGAGCAGCGAGAUGUUUUAAAACAUGUUUUUUUUUUUUGAUUU